CUAACGCCGCUGCACGCUGUAGCGGGUCAGCGCUAUGCCGGCACCGCUACCACCACCACUGCUCCCGGAGAAAACGUCGUCUGCUACGGCUCGCCGCACACCGCUCAGGGAGACGACGGGCAACGCGGCGCUGCUCAACACACCGACGCCAGACAGGAAGUGACGCAGUUAACGUUCGACUUACUCCAGCACUUGAGGUAGCGGAUCCGGAAUACGCGUCGACGCAGACGUCACCGACCCGUGGUGACGCCACCAGCGCCCGUCGCCGAGCAUCAGCCGCUGCUGCCCGCGGCGGCGUCUCAAAGAUGGCUCUCCUGUUUUACACGCUCUACGGGUUUGCCAUCAUCUUCUUCGCCGGCUGGUGGUUUGUCUGGCUGCUUCAUCUACUAGCCAUCUUCAACGGAAAAAUGAAGCUCCACAAAAAGAAAGCCCUUCCACCCCUGGAGGUGCCACUGCCCGGCGUGUCCAUCAUCAAACCACUGACGGGAGUGGAUCCAAACCUCUUCAGCAACCUCGAGUCAUUCUUCACUAUGAAUUAUCCACAGUUUGAGCUUUUGUUCUGCAUCCAAGAUGAAGGGGAUCCUUCCAUAAUGCUGGUGCGACGACUGAUGGAAAAGCACCCAUUGGUCGACGCCAGGGUCUUUGUAGGGGGUUGCCCAGUCGGGGUAAAUCCCAAGAUCAACAAUAUGCAACCAGGCUACGAAGCUGCCAAGUACGAGCUCAUCUUGAUCUCCGACAGCGGAAUUCGGAUGAAGAAGGACACGCUCCUGGACAUGGUCCUGACCAUGGCAGACGACGUGGCCCUGGUCCACCAGAUGCCUUUUGCCUGUGAUAGGAAGGGGUUCCCAGCCAUUUUAGAAAAGGUCUACUUUGGCACAGCGCACGCGCGCAUCUACCUGGCGGCCGACCUUCUGCGCAUUAACUGCGCCACAGGAAUGUCGGCGUUGAUGCGGAAGAAGCUGCUCGACGAGGUGGGCGGCAUCAGGGCGUUUGGCCACUACUUGGCGGAGGACUUCUUCUUUGCCAAGUCUUUUGAAGACAGGGGCUGGAAGAUCAGGAUUAGCUCCCAGCCAGCGUGGCAGAAUUCCGGCCUCUGUGAGGUCGGGCUGUUCCAGACCCGUGUGGCAAGGUGGGCCAAGCUUCGGUUUGCCAUGGUGCCGCACACGAUGCUGCUGGAGCCCCUGUCGGAGUGCAUGUUGCUAGGGGCGCUGGUUGCGUGGGCGACCAGCUUCCUGUUCCAGUGGGACGCCUUCGCCGUGUACCUGCUGCACCUGCUGCUCUGGUUCCUGUUGGACUGGAUGCUUCUCAGCGUCGUGCAGAAUGGCCUUCUUCCGUUCAACAAGUGGGAGUUUGUGGUCGCAUGGACAUUCCGAGAGUGCGGCGCCCUCUACCUGUUCCUGCACGCCUUGUGGAACCCGACGAUUCGGUGGCGGGCCGGACUGUACCGGUUACGGUGGGGCGGCACUGUUGAGGUGGUCAAGCCGGACUCUUAGUGAAGUGCCCCGCUCCAUAACCUUUAGGAACAAAACAUAAAGAAAAUGCCACGUCGUAGCGCAAAGCUCCCACUGUGCGUCGCCACAUCAAACGGUGUGAACAAAGCAAACAGCAAGGGAGAGUGUGUGUCGGUCGAUGAGAGCUGAGGAAAGUGCCCUUUCCACACGCCCGCUGCCGGUCAGCGCCCGACGAUCUUCUUCCAGCGACGGCAAAGAUUUUGUUUCAUUCCUCCGUGGUUCCUCGUUCGGCGGGUGCGCGUGCCAGCCUACGCUCCGGGGUGGCCGACUCGAUCGCUUCUCGACGAGCAGAUGCAACGGCUCGACGCUUUUUCCGUGCCGACUCACUCACUGUUGUGCUGUGAAUAGAAAGAGCUUCAAGCAGCGGCCCCUAGUCGGCGGUGCCAGCCGUUCUGUUUCUUUUUUUGCCUCUGUUUUACUUCCAAGUGCCGGGAGCUCGUGCUGGUUGCGCGUUUCAAAGGCAAGACUAGAUUUCAAAAGUGCGUCGUGAGUGUCUGAGUGUGCGUGUGCUUAGACUUCAGUGUGUUUUGUACAUAGAAUGAAAGGAACUUGUGAACUCCUUGCUCCAUUUUUCCCAAAAUCACUGUCUCUCUCUCCUUUACCCCCCUUUUUUUUUCUUUCCAGUGUCUCCUUAUUGCAUUGUUGUUACAUUUUGUUGACAUCAUUUCCCGUCACUCUUUUUUGUUUGGACUCAUCGUGUUGUUGCUUUGGGACCGAAGAUCGUGACAUACUUGCGCCAUGGGACACGCACAUAUCGUUGCUGAAGGAGUGUCAAUUGUUGCCGCCCCGAGAUCUGUUCAUGGACGUUGUGUUCCUUCCUUCCUUUUCCCUGUUGUUUUCUUUAUUUUUCGUAUGCCAUACCUUGUUAAUUCCUCAGCAACUUCUUUUAAGAUGGACAGGAGUCGAGCCUCGCGUUUGCACUGUUUUUGUUUUCCAGCGUUGGUUGUUGCCUGUGAGUUUGUUGGUUGCUCGUUGUUUUGAGUAAAGGAAAAGACCCGACCA